AUGUCCCGGAAAGACCGGACCCCGAGCGACUCCCGCCCUCGGGGUCUUUCCAAUUCUGCUGAUAAGCCGUACACCGUCUCUCAACUCUCCGCAAAGAUCGAAUCCGCGAUCAAGGACAGCUUUCCGACCAAAGUCAGAGUCAUCGCAGAAAUCAGUUCCGUCACCAAUCGCACGCACUACUACUUCACUCUGAAGGAUGAGAAAGCGACCAUCUCAGCAGUGCUCUUCGCAUCUGCAGCACGCAAGCAAUCCUCCCCUCCAGAGCACGGCCAGAAGGUCAUCGCAACCGGAAAGCUCGAGUACUACGCACCAUCAGGACGACUCAGUCUCAUCGUCGACAAACUCGAGCCCGUUGGAGUGGGGGACCUUGAGCAGAGAUACAAAGCACUCUGCAACGAUCUCCGAGCACGGGGGUGGUUCGAUCCACUCUCUAAGCAGCCACUCCCGAUCUUCCCAAGAUCCAUCGCGAUCAUCACCAGCGCCACAGGUGCGGCUCUUCAGGAUGUCCUUGAUACCGCCGCGAAGCGAUGCCCCGCCGUCAACAUGCUCAUCGUCGAUGCACGAGUGCAAGGCGAGCAAGCGAAGGGGCAGAUCGCAAACGCCAUUACCAAGCUCUCAGAACAGCACACCAAACUCGGAAUCGACGCGAUCAUCCUCACCAGGGGUGGGGGCAGUCUCGAAGAUCUAUGGGCAUUCAACGAACCCAUCGUUGCCAAGGCUAUCCACAAUUGCGCUAUCCCGAUCGUCGCCGCGAUCGGACACGAGACCGAUACCACAAUCGCUGAGUUGGUCGCUGACGAGCGUGCCGCAACCCCGACCCAAGCCGCGAUGAAGCUGGUGCCGGAUCGUACCGCACUGUCCGAACAACUCCACGCAUUGACGCGUCGAUUGUCCCGAGAAAUCAGCACGCAGCUCACGCACGAAGAGUCAAGACUCAACCGUUUGGUCACGAGCGGACCGCUCGCCAAUCCACAGCGGCUCAUCGACCCGCAAAGCACUAGGCUCGACACACUACGGACUCAGAUCCAUUCCGCGAUCCGUCAUAUCCAGUCUGCAAAGACCCGUCAAAUCGACACCCUCGCGAUCCGUCUUGCCAAGCACCAACCCGCCGCGGUUCAAGCCCAGCGUCAAGAGCACAUUCAUGCGCUCCACCAGCGACUUGCCCGAUCAAUGCACACACGAUUGCGAUCGAUGUCCGCAUCCCUCGAUGCCGCUCAGCGAGAACUCAACGCGAUCGGUCCGCGCCAGGUAUUGAGCCGCGGUUACUCGCUUACCACCACCAAAGCAGGAUCUGUCGUCCGCUCAACCAAGGAUCUUAAAUCUGGUGAUUCGCUCACCACGCACCUCAGCGACGGCACGGUCACCUCCGUCGUUGACGGCAAGAAUGUCACCAAACGAACCAAGACCAAGAAGGACCUUGUCGAGCAGAUCGAAACGCUCGUCGAGAAGAUCGAGUCCGGAGAACUCGGUCUCGAGGAGUCCAUCAAAGGCUACGAAGAAGGCACCAAGCUCAUCAAGCAAGCCCGCGCCAUCCUCGAUCAAGCAAAGCAGCGCGUCGAAUCGCUCAACCUCGAAGAAUCCAGCGAUUGA